CGGGCGCUUCCUCUUGCAAAGCCUCGUCCUCCCUUUCUCUCCAGGGCCGGGCCCACUUCCGCGUCAGGGCCCGUCUCAAUUGCCUCCUCCGCCGAGCGCUCCCACUUUGCAACGCUCCCUGCGUUUCUCUGCAAACUUCUUGCUGCCUCCCAGAUUGGCAGACCACCAAGAGGAGGAGGCAGCUGGCAUUCUGGAAGCACCGCUUGGUCAAUGCAAGAAAAGACAAGAGGCAGUUUUUCCAGAAAACGGCUUGGCUCACCAUGACCCCGAUUAAACCUGCGACCACAGCAGCCAGCUUCUCCCCCUGGCACCAUGGCUCCUCCUCAAGUCUAUGACAUGCUUUUCCCAGGGGGUGUUCCUCCACCAAAACAAUUGAGGAGAUGGCAGAGGGUCCUGAGACCCGACCAAGUUUCGAGUGGGUCGCUGGCCUCUUGGCCAACACCCCGCAAGACAGGUUGGUUCACCUGAAACAUAAAUUGAGCUGCGCGCGGCAGGAUAUCAACAGUUGCAGACUCCUGCAAGCGAUGAUCCUGUUGACUCAGAGACGUGAGGCCGAGGCCAUGGAGAUCCUGGAUUCUUUGGGGGGUGACGUAGCAGCGGCCCACAUUUGCAGAAGCCACUGGGGCAGCGCACAGGUGAGCUGCGUUCAUCCAUCGAAGGAAGAGCCGCAGGUGGCCCAGGCGUUGGCUCAGAUUUGUUCACUUCUGGCAGAAGAAAAACUGUGUGGUCCCCAGGCCAGAGACGAAGCCUAUCAAGCAGCUAUCAAGGCCUUUUGCUGCAGCAACAGGGUCCGGAACACCAAGCUUGAUAGCCUCCUGGCCGAAGCGCAAGAUAAGUGUGGCCUUGAUUUUGCUGCACAGCUGUUGAGUGGUGAGUUGAACACCUUGAACUGUAACCCAGAGAAGUUCCCAAGGAGCGUCCCGGUUCCAAUAAAUGGCUCGUUGGAACAAUUGGGUCAGCCCCUGCGUUCCACUGGCACACCCACCUCCUAUUUGAGUGACUUUGCGAUCAGCCAGUCCCCCACCGUGCCAUAUCUCACUCGCCGGAGUGGUGAGCCCAAGGUCAGCAAGCUUUGUGGGAGUGCUGCCAAUUCUUUGGCGGAACCUGGUGAAGGGAGAAUUAGUCUGGCGUCACCGGCUGUUAGCCGGUCUCAGAGCCCGGGUGUGCAAGACCAGCCCCAAAGCCACAGCAGAGAUGAUCUCCAAGAUAGCUGUUUGGGUGUUUUGGUGUCCUCUGGCAAGGAAGAGCCUUUAGAGAAAAGUGUUCAGAGCCCUGUGGAAUGUACUGAACCCCCAAAUAUAAUGCCAGCAGAACCACAAGAUCUCAAAGAAGGCAUACACUCAAAUUUGCCAACUACUUCCACGCUGCAAGAUGAUCAGGCUAGCAAAGGGUAUAUCCAUACUCCCCCGGUGGAUUCGCGUUCUCCAUCUCAAAGCAUUAAUUCUAAGUCUACACCUUCUUCCAGCGAUGUCCCUCCUGUAGCAUCCUCCUCCUCUAUAGACCAAGAGGGUGAUGAAAACCAGUUCUUCAUGUUUGUAGUCAUCCACGCAAAUGAAGAUGAGAGCAUUGCCUGCCGGGUAAAAGAUCUUCUGGAAAGCAUGGGGGUCUCUAACGGAGCUACUUUCUGUGAGGAUUUCCUGGUCCCUGGACAUAACCAAUUGACCUGCUUCCAGGAUGCACUGGACAACUCAGCCUUUACUCUCUUGCUCCUGACCGAGAACUUUAACAGCCGGCUUUGCAACUUCCAGACAAAUGCGGCCUUAAUGCGUUCCUUCACCAACAUUGUUAAUAGCAACUCAGUCAUCCCCUUUGUGCCCAAGGAAAGCUCAUUAAAGAAAGAGGACAUGCCCAUCAUGCUCAUGGGAAUCGUGCCCUUGAAUGAGAACUUGUGUGUUUUCAAAAAAACGGUGAAGAAGACUUUCACGAAGUCAGCUUUCUUAACUAAGAAGGCUGCCUGGAGCAUGAAGCAGCAGAUACGGCAUCAGGAACGACUGCAUGAGCAAUAUCAGGAUUAUCGACAGAUGCAUCAGUACCUCUUAGGGCUCAACCUGCAGCCUGGCUACAAUGCCCAGAUGCCUUUCCCACCAAUGCAAGUGGGCUUUCCUGGAUCAUGCCAUGUUCCACUCGGCUAUGCACCGCCACCAUUUUUGCCUCCCGCAUUCUCUGCACCUAGGAUGUUCCAGCCUGAAUUUGAGUCCAGCUGGGCUUCUUCCCCCCAGCCCUUUGCUGUUCCGACCUCGAUGCCACGAGGACCUCAGCCCCACCUGAUCAUUCAAAAUGCCCAGAUGGUUCAAAUUGGGGAUUACAGCCAGAUGCAGGUGGAAAGGACCAACGCAGCGCUCGGCACAGCUGAAGGCGAGGUCGACGAGAGCCGGGAAAUGGAAGCAGGGGCAGGGGGCAGACACGGGAACUGAAAAUAAAACCUGAAAGACUU